AUGUCAACUCUUCCAUCCCAAACACAAUAUUUGGCUGCAGCUGAAAACGAUCGACCGCGACAAAGUCUAGAGGUGCAGAUGACGAACGAGGAUAUCACCGAGCUUCAUCGCUUCCUUCAAUCGCCUUCGACAACUCCCGCUUCGCAAGUUACAGGAGCACGCGAGCUCCUAAAGGCCGGCCAGCGGCGUCUUCGGCAGCUGGCGCAGCUUCAGUGGAAACCAACGGAUCCCAAGACCAAAGCCGAAGAGGCGUCCCGUCAUCUCCUUGUCCUCCAGCAAGAGGGGUUUCUCAGUUUGCCGGCUUCAGCCGCCAAGAAAAGCCUUGACUCGGUGAUGUCGGGCUCGAGAUCCGCGUCAAGCUUUGGCUUCCGAUCCAGCUCUCAGCGAGACGUUGAAAAGAUUGGCCAGCCAUGGCUUGAAAAUCCGCUCGAAGUGUCCGCAACGCAACACAUCAAAAGCCCCGAGCCGUCGCCACUAGAUCUCGGCAAUUUAACGUCAAUGGUUGAGGCGGCAGUGUCUUUUCCAUUUCACUUUGAUGACGCUUAUCCACCGCCAUACCAGCCGCCAGCGAACACCACCAGCGACCAGCGGACCGAAGGCCAAGAUUCUUGUCACCUCCACAGUGCAGCUUGUCAAUUAAAGCCCAAGGAACGGCGUACGGAAGAUCAAGGUGCCCCAUCAGCAGUGAGCACUAGACAGGUUCUCACGAAUGGGAAAGAUCAUAUCCCUCCCACCGUACUUCCGAUAAAGGAUGUGGCGCGUGAUGGCCCAAAAGAUGGCAAAUCUCAGGUUGUGGAUUCCGAUGAAGAUCAGAACAACUCUGCACAAUUACUGAAACCCCCAACGUCAAGAGCAAAAGCCGGUCCCAGAGAUCCGCCAAAUCCUGUCGCUCAGUCGUUGAAGCUCUUCCCUGACACAAUGCCUCCUCGUAGUUCAAGCAAGGGAGCUUGGCGCAUCCCCAACAAUCGAAUAAGAGGCAAAAAUGCGCCAAUUUCUGCCAAAUUCUCCGACAGUCAGCAGAUUCCUGCAACUGUCGCUUCGAAAAGAGAGACAGACAACGUCAAAAACUCGAUAAAAGGUACCUCGGAAUGCCAGGGCGAUCCUCAAAGGUCAUACCACUCAGGCAAGGCGUCGACAACGCGGCCAAGGAAACCCUGUAGCGAACCGGCAAUGAGUCCAAUACAUCCAGAAUUUCCGCGGUUGAAGAAUACACGUCGCCCUGCAUCGUUACCAAUGGGCACCAUAGACUCAUUCCCUCUGCCAGCUCCCUUGAGACCUCUACCAUCACUGCCCGAACAGCCUCCUGCUCUCAGCACUGUUCGCCACCAUAACACCCCGGUCAUCAAAGCAGCAACUCGGACGAAUCGCGACCACUCGGGCGCCUUUCCAACCACCACAUCCAAUAACCGCUCAGACGCUGAACACUGCCACUUGAAUACACAAUUUGCGCUCCCUCAGUUGAGCUUGGUUGGGGACGACUUGCCCGCCAGCGAGCAGGGUAAGUCUGUCGAGGAGGCACCGCCCAAUCAUCCGGAAUCUUCUGGGAAAGCGGAAGAAAAUCAGGCGGAGAGGUUGCAUUCACUCAAGUUCAGAGACAUGAUGGCAAGCCGUAUCAGCCUCGACGAGGCGAGAAAGGGCGAUGGAAUCAAUUCGCCGGCAUCUCCAAUGAGCUCCGGGUCCGACCAUGAAUUGCGAAUUGGCUACGAGAACGAACAUCUUGUACGCACAUCAGUCCAAAAGGAAGCAACUCCACCUGCUCCUCUGUCUCCUCCCCUUUCCCCACCUCCCGCUCCACCACUUGUGAAGUCUGCCGAACAACUGCCGUUCAGCAGGCGGCAUGUCAGCUCGGCCACAGCUAUCAUGAGAGCAUCGACAGAGAGGAGAGAGCCAUCUCUUCCCGCUUCCGACCGAAGCGCUACGGUGCACCGAAGUAAGAGGACGCGGAGCAUUGAUGUCCUUCACGAAUUGGUGGCUAGUGAACAGCACACUUCGAACCGAGCCGGGUCUCCGCUCCCUUCUUCGGAUGAUGAGUGCAUGGAUAAGGGUACAUUUAUGUGUAGCCUCAAGAAAGUCGAGCAAUCAUUGUCUGAGCCGACAGCGUGGUCCAAGGAAGUCCAGUAUCCCAGAUCAGAGCGGCCCCUUGACGCCGCGAAGGCAAAGAAGCCGCAUUUCGGAGGAGACACUCUCAUCAUUGCUAGGCUCAUCGAGCGUGACAAAGCUGCCCACACUCUCGUCCUUCUAGAAGGGCGCAUUGAACAGCUGGAGCGCCAGAACCGGAUCCUUCAGGCGGCCCUUUUCGCAGCUUUGGAUUUGGGUGUCAAGCCCAAUGCGGAAGCCCUGCUUGGGGGUUCAACGACAUCGCUGUCCGCCUCCGCAAAUUCUUCAAGUGCGGAGACGUCUUCCCCAUCCUCGACUCAACGAGCUUCCAAACUACCUGGUCGCGCAGUAGCAAAUGGAAGACGAUCACUCAUGAAGAAAUCCCUUCGUCGCCCGGAAAGUUGGAUUGACAGCCCUGGCGCCAGUCUGCAGAGCGAUUAUCAAAGUGAUGACGAUGUCAGUGUCCGAGACCUUGAGGAAAUGAUUGAAGACAUUGAAUUUACUUGCUCAUCGGAUAAGCCAGGUUCCGAUAGGGUGCGGAUUGGUCGCGAUUAA